AUGACUACCAGUGAUACCCCGUCGGAGCCCAGAACUCUCCGCAUCGCUAUCCUCGGCUGUGGCUUCAUAGGCACGGCUGUCCUAUCCGGCAUUCUCAAGGCCAGCGACACCUCCAACAACACCAGCACCAACAAUCUCAAAUUCUCACUCAGCGCGCCGUCGCAAACUUCUGUCGACAGACUUCACCACCAAUUCACCUCCCAGAGAUACAGAGACCACAUCGACGUCAUCACAGCCGACAAUGCGACCGCCGCUCGUGACGCCGACGUCGUGAUCUUCGCGUUCCAGCCCCAUCAAUUAGCACAAGUAUUUAGCGACACUAUGCUAGUCGAGAUUCUACGCCCGAAACUAGUAAUCUCCCUCCUGGCCGGGGUGUCGUGUCGAGAAAUCCUCGACAAAUUGUCCCCCGAGAAGGUGAAGGACGAGUCGAAAGCGAAGUCCACCGCCCCACUGCCGCGCGUCACCCGCGCAAUACCCAGCAUUGGCGCGCAGAUCAACGAAUCCGCGACCCUCCUGGCAGGGGACACGGACCUCAGCGCCGCGGACCAUGACCUGGUGACAUGGCUGUUCGGGCUGGUGGGCGCCACGCACGAGGUGCCCGAGCGGCUCAUCAAUGCGGUCACGGCAAUCAGCGCGGCGACGCACGCCCUUGCGGUGGUGGCGGUCGACGCGAUUGUGGAUGGCGGGGUCGUCUCCGGUGUGUCCCGGCCGGUGGCCAUGGCUGUGGCGACGCAGUGUUUGCGGAGCGCGUCGACGGUGUUGAAGGGUGGGGAGAGCGGUAUGACGCUUGAGGGGUUGAAGGAGGCGAUGUCUAUUCCUAGGGGAAUUACCAUCAAUGCCUUGUUGGAGCUGGAGAGGGGGAGCGUCAGGUCUGGGAUUUCGGACGCGGUCAGGUAUGCUGUUGGGUAUGCCGAGGGGAUGUAG